CCUCCCUUUAUCACCGUCUCUUUGGCGCCCUCUCUCCCCUCAUCACACCACCACCCUCAUCAUGAAACACAACUACUACCCAUCCACCUACCUUUCCAUCCUCCCCUUCCUACUUCCACUCACCAUGUCGCACCCCCAACAGAAUCUCCUCGCCACCACAACCUCCAACACCAAAGCAGGCAAUCCCGUCUUCCCCGGCUGGUACGCCGACCCCGAAGCACGCCUCUUCAACGCCCUGUACUGGAUCUACCCAACCUACUCAGCCGACUACAGCGAACAAACCUUCUUCGAUGCCUUCAGCUCCCCCGAUCUACUCACAUGGACCAAGCAUCCCACCAUCCUAAACAUCACCGAUAUCCCUUGGUCAACGAACCGUGCCGCUUGGGCCCCGUCCGUCGGCCGGAAACUCCGCUCCUCCGCCAACGCCGAAGAAGAAUAUGACUACUUCAUGUAUUUUUCCGUUGGUGAUGGAACUGGCAUCGGUGUUGCGAAAUCGACCACGGGAAAACCUGAGGGUCCCUAUGAAGACGUCCUCGGUGAACCUCUAGUUAAUGGUACAGUGUAUGGGGCGGAGGCCAUUGAUGCCCAGAUAUUUCAAGAUGAUGAUGGCCGGAAUUGAUUGUAUUUUGGGGGUUGGAGUCAUGCAGUUGUUGUGGAAUUGGGCGAGGAUAUGAUUAGUCUGAAGGGGGAUUAUUUGGAGAUUACCCCGGAGGGUUAUGUGGAGGGACCGUGGAUGUUGAAGAGGAAUGGGAUAUAUUAUUAUAUGUUUUCGGUUGGGGGAUGGGGCGAUAAUUCAUAC